UUCCAAGACUAGAGCUCACCAGCAGAGAGAGAAUUCCCCGGGUGAACCCAGCGGCUCCUCUUCCUCCAGGACCCAGAAAUGGCCUCCACCUUCAGUCCCCGAGAAUGUAAGCUGUCUAAACAAGAAGGGCAAAGCUAUGGCUUCUUCUUGCGCAUUGAGAAGGACACCGAUGGCCACCUGAUCAGGUUGGUUGAGAAGGGCAGCCCAGCAGAGAAGGCAGGUCUCCAGGAUGGAGACAGAGUUCUUAGGAUCAAUGGCACCUUUGUGGACAAGAAAGAGCAUACGCAGGUUGUGGAUCUUGUCAGAAAAAGUGGGAAUUCAGUGACUUUACUAGUUCUGGAUGGGGAUUCCUAUGAGAAAGCUAUGAAAAAACAAGUAGACUUGAAUGAGUUGGGUCAAAGUCAGGAGUCGAGUUUGAACGCUAAGAAGCUGCCGUCUAUGAUGAAUGGAGAAGCACAGACGUGGACGCAGCCACGGCUCUGCUACCUGGUGAAGGAGGGGAGUAGCUAUGGCUUCUCUCUGAAAACUGUCCAAGGUCAAAAGGGAGUGUACCUGACUGAUAUAAAACCUCAGGGUGUGGCUAUGAAAUCUGGAGUCCUGGCUGAUGAUCACUUGAUUGAAGUGAACGGAGAGAAUGUAGAGGAUGCCAGCCACGAGGAGGUGGUUGAAAAGGUGAAGAAGUCCGGCAGUCGUGUCAUGUUCCUGCUGGUGGACAAGGAAACUGACAAGCACCAUAGUGAGCAGAAGAUAAAAUUCAAGAGAGAAACAGCCAGUCUGAAACUGCUACCCCACCAGCCCCGGGUUGUGGAGAUGAAGAAGGGAAGCAGUGGCUAUGGUUUCUAUCUGAGAGCAGGCCCAGAACAGAAAGGUCAAGUUGUCAAGGACAUAGAUUCCGGAAGUCCAGCAGAAGAGGCUGGCUUGAAGAAAAAUGACCUGGUAGUUGCUGUCAAUGGCGAGUCUGUGGAGUCCCUCGAUCAUGACAGUGUGGUGGAAAGGAUUAAAAAGGGUGGAGAUCAGACUUCACUGUUGGUGGUAGACAAAGAGACGAACAACAUAUAUAAACUGGCUGGCUUUUCUCCAUUUCUCUACUAUCAAAUUCAAGAACUGCCUAACGGUUCUGUCAAGGAGGCUCCGGUGCCUACUCCUGCUCCUCUGGAGGUCUCCAGCCCAGAUGCUACAGAGGAAGUGGGAGACCAUAAGCCUAAACUCUGCAGGCUGGUUAAAGGUGAAGAUGGCUAUGGCUUUCACUUAAAUGCAAUUCAGGGUCGGCCAGGCUCAUUCGUCAAAGAGGUACAGGAGGGUGGCCCUGCUGACCUGGCUGGGCUGGAGGAUGAGGAUGUCGUCAUUGAAGUGAAUGGAGUGAAUGUGCUGGAUGAACCCUAUGAGAAGGUGGUGGACAGAAUCCAGAGCAGUGGCAAGAAUGUCACACUGUUAGUCUGUGGAAAGAAGGCCUAUGAUUAUUUCCAGGCUAAGAAAAUCCCUAUUGUUUCCUCCAUGGCUGACCCACUGGAUGACGUCCCUGUUGCCGAAGAAGGAACGCUGGAGGAAUCAGAGGAAGACUCGCACACCGCAAAAGAACGAGCCCACAGUACAGCCUCUAAUUCUUCUUCCAAUUCUGAAGAUACAGAGAUGUGAUGAGAACAAGUAAUGCCUUGGGGUGAUAGCUAUUUCCCGGUAUUUAAUAGGAAUCCUUUCUCAAGGAAUGAGCUGACACCUGUUUACUGUCUGUGUUAGAGAAGAACUCCUCUGGAAACCGCUUCCUCAUGUGUGAUUGUCUUCUGUUGUCCUGUCUUAGGGGCGGCUGCCACAGGGAGCUUAUUUAUGGUCAAAUUAGGAAGAGUUAAGGCAGGAGCCA